AUGCAACUGUUUAGGGGUUUACCCCAGAGCUAUAUAAGUAUAUAAACUUGGAGUUUAUUCUGCUCUGGCCCUUGGGGCUUGUUAGUUUUGCAUGUCCGUAAAGCUGAUUAUAAGAAGAUAAUCAGAAAGGUAACACACGGAUGCAACUAGGGUUGACAGCUCAGUCCAGGAUAACGGUAUGCAUGUAAUGAUGUCGAAAAAUGACAGUUUGGAAUAUGUUGGUGAUCAUGACACUGAAGAUGAGGUGCAGUUUGUUUCUGCCGGUGUUUUAAGACCGGUGUUGGAAUGCAUUGAUUUGCUCAGUGAUGAAGAUGAAGUGGGUACCUCUGUUCAGACAAGCAGUAAACUGAGACCGAAAGACCACGUUGACCGGCAGAAGGAAAGAGUUACUUCUACGCUGGAUCAACUGGCCCACCAUGUUGCUGUUGAGAAACAGGAGAGAGAAGAGAAAGACAAAGCCUUUAAGGAGAAGGUUGACUCUCAGCAUGCCCAUGGUUUACAGGAACUGGAAUUUAUUGAAGGACUAUCUCAUAAAGAGGAGGCCAAAAGAUGUGUUGACCACUGGUUGCAAAUGCCAGGUCUUCGACCAGGCUCUCUAAACUCUGGAUACAGAGAUUCUUUGAGAUGUGAAACCUUGCCAAAUAUGAAGCCGGUUAUGUGCCCUAUAUUGCACUGCAAUCGAAUGUUUGACAAUGGGCAGCUUCUGGUUGGCCAUCUGAAAAGAUUUGACCAUUCUCCAUGUGAUCCAACUAUUACACUCAAAGGAGCUCCAUCAAUUUCCUUUGCAUGUAUUGCUUGCUCCAGGCGAUACCCAUCUGAGGAUCAGUACAAUGUCCACAGGAAUACUAAGAUCAAAUCUGUGGAUGCAGAUGGGCAUAACAGCACUCAGCAUUGUCAGGAAGUUCAGUGUUUUGCUUGUCCCUUUUGCUUCCUCCUUUUCAACGUAAGGGAUCAAUGUUUGCAGCACAUGUCUGCAAAGAAUCACUUUCAGCAGUCUAUUAAACUAAGCGAAACAGAAGAUACUCCAGCUCCUAUUCCUAUUCCAGCAUAUGCUAAGAAGCUUCUGAUCUCCUUAUGCAAAGAAGUUCCCUUCCAGAUAACGUGUACAGCUUGUAAGCAGGUGUUGAACUCGUACGUGGAGGUGACGGCACAUUUUAGAACUGCAUGCAAAAAUGCUGGUCCAAUAGCUGUCUCUCACAAAAGUGUUGUCCAGGUUGCUGAGGUAUUCAGAGUAAAGGGGCAUUGCUUAGGUUGCUCCAGACUCUUCACAGAUGAAAGUCAAAUGAAAAGCCAUGAGCAUCUAACUCGGCAUAAAGUUGAGGUUGUAUCUUCCAUGGAGAAGGCUGUCUUGCUAUUCUGUGAUUUCUACGAAAGAAGCAAGAAUCCCCCUGACCUUCGCUUGGUGUUGAAUAACGUCAGACCAAAAUCCUUUCCGCUUAAGAGGCCCCUGAAGCAAGAGCCUGAGAGUAAAGGUUCCGGGGCCUCCAGUGCAAAACGCAUGAGAGCCAGUGAAGGCAAAAGCCAAGAAACAAUCUCGCCUGGGUCCAGAUCUGUGGUGUCAGCCUUCUUCUGUGAGUGCAACCAGCAUUACAACACAGAAGUGGAGGUUGAAAAGCACAUUAUUGCGAUUAACCAGAUAUUCUACAAAUGUGCAGUUUGUGGAAAGCAGGCUGGGGAUCUGGCAGUCAUUGGUUUACACAUGAGCCGUUUUCACGGUGGGGCCCACCUGAACAACUUCCUGUUCUGGUGCCAAAUUUGCAAGAUAGAAAUGCCUAGAAAAGAGGAUAUCCUGUCCCAUGUGAUGGACUCCCACGAUGGCCAUGGUUUUUGCUAUGAGAAAAAGGUUCUCGAGGAAGUGCCUUCUCCCUCCACAUCUAAAUCAUCAACAACCUUUUCAGAACAAAGCGGUAGCACAGGACAAGCUAGAACACCAAGUCUGGCCACCUCAGACCCUGCACCCAGUGGCAAAUGGCUGUGCAGGAUCUGUGAGGAACUCUUUGUUUCCGAAAAAGCUGUAUACAAUCACUGCAAAGAGAUGAACAACCAUAGGUUCCAAAAGUAUGUCUGCGGCUACUGUAAGCAGCGUUUCCUGAAAGUGGAAACCCUCUAUCGUCACUUUCAGGAUGAGCAUGAGGGUGAGAUUGACGUUAAGUACUUCUGUGGGCUCUGUGAUGGCCUGCAAUAUGACAUGCAAGAAGAGUUCCUAAACCACUACCAAUCAUACCACAGCAAGGAUUAUGUAUUUGUGGCAGAACGAAAUGACUCUCCACUCCAAAACCAAGCAGCUACAGACCCUGAAACCAAAACGUCCUGUAGAUGCAAGAUGUCCUGUUCUAACAAGUCAGAAAAGCAAAUUGCUCGCAAGAAGUGCCUGAAAAACUUGAUUCAACAGAGCAAGCUGUGGUUCCGAUGUAGAUUAUGUAUAGCAACAUCACAGACUCUGGAAGCCAUGCAAAAACACACAAAGAUACAUGGGUUCACAAAGAAGAAAAGUAAAUUUUUGGUUUGCUGUGGCUCAUGCACUAAGAGGUUGUCUGAUCUUAAUGGUGGCCACAAUCACUAUUUUUCAAAGCACUGCUUUCCCCAGGCUGGAUGUACUGUGAGCCCUGCAAGCAAAACCACCUCUUCUGGUGUUCAUGCUAGUCCUAUGCCUAAAGGACAGCAGCCAAGUUGCACACCAGACCAGUCGUCCAAAUCUGGGAUCCUGCCAGGAUUGAAAGGAAAUGAGAAGUGUGAGAAACCUGCCCAGGAAGAGUCCAAGCAUGAGCUUCCAGACAUGGACUAUCUCAUGACCACGACCCACAUUGUGUUUGUUGAUCUAGACAACUGGCCAUGUUUUUUCAGUCGUCUGCCAGGAUACUUAAACCAGGGCAUAUUUGUUUGGGGAUUUCAAGGUGGGAAGAACAUUUGGAGGGCUCCAGACGGAUGCAAAGUCUACAAUUAUCUUGUGAACACUGGAUGUUUCUUCCUUCAUCCACGGUGCAGUGAUAGAAAAGAUGCAGCUGAUUUUGCCAUCUGUGUGCAUGCUGGCCGACUCGAUGAACAGCUGCCCAAGCAUAUUCAAUUUACCAUUCUUUCUGGAGACAAGGGUUUUCAUGAGUUGGAGCUGCAAUUUCUUAAAACCAUGAGGACAGCACAUAUCCUUAACCCUCACCAGCUGGAAGGAGAGAUGAUGUGUGCACUGCUGAAUAGCAUUACAGACAUUGGCAAAGAUCGUGACGACAUGAAGACUGCAGUGGAAUUGAGUUUAAAGGAGAAAAACAAUAAAGGACAGGAUGCAGAAAUAAAAGAAGCAAUCAAGAGAAGCCUGGAGGAAAUAUGAUACAUAGGUAAUCGGUUUCACUGCACUGAACAUGUCUUCACUUUUGGAGAGUUUCACAUGAUUUGAUUGGCUCUUGUAAUACUUACAUUUGCAUAUCCUGAUUUGUAUUUGUGUAUAUCUCCAUCGUUAUGUAUUACAGAACCCUUUUAAGUUACACUUUUUUUUAUGUUUUUAAAGUUUGAAUGAUAGUCAUUGUGCAUGUUUGCCAAUAUUUAUGUGGCUGUAAAGCAAGUUGGGUGUAUGUCAUUACAAUAGACUGUUGGAAUGCCUCGUAUGGUAAAAUAUUAUAUACAAUAAAGUAUAUAUAGAGAGAAAUGCUGUUUAUUUCAUAUUUUAAAUUACAUGAAAGAACUUUUUGACUGAUAUGAAACAGUGAUAUGGUGACUUCUAGCCUAUGAUGUUGAGCUACAUAAAGCUCUACACCUUGCAUAAGAACAUAAAAAAAAGUUGAGCUACAUAAAGCUCUACAUCUUGCAUAAGAACAUAGUCAGGCAUAUGAUAAACAAAAUGCAUAAUGAGCUAGGAGUUUGAAAUAUGUUAAAUAUGGGGCUAGAAAUGUAAAACUUUGUUCCCCUUAAUAUGUUCUGGGCCAGUGGUUUUCAACCUGUGGUACGCCUACCAGUACUGGUACACACCAGCAGUUGUUCUUUUAUGAUGAUAUGAUUCCACAACCAAAGCAGCCACUCUGUGUUGAGUGUGGUGCACUCUUGUCAAAUAGUUAGAUGAUGUUGCAUUUUCAGUGAGAAAACCGGUUGUAAUGGGGUAGGUGUCUAUUUUACAACAGCCAUUUAAGAUUGCACAUAGUUAUUGGUACACCUGGUGGUCCCUUCUGGAAACACUGGUUUUUGAGAUGAAAAGGUUGAAAACCACUGUUCUAGGCCAGUGAAUGAGUCUCUUGCCAUAAGUGAAGCAGUAUUGUAAACUCUUCCUUAUUUGACAAAUAUACCGAACAUCAAAAGAAACUUAUCACUACUAUAACACAUUCUAUUUUUUUU